AUGACAACAAUCACUGCGAGCCCGCUUCACAUGAUUCGAUUUCAUGAUCCCUUCCGCGUAUCGAAAAGACCUUCAUCGCCUCUGGGCAACACUUCAAAGCACCGUUCGGCUGCAACCGGACCAAUGAGCGAAGUUCGAUCCGCAUACAGGCCGGAGGUCUACCAGCAAGAGCAUGCACCGCAAUACAACGAGCACAUGGCUACAUACCGAAGCCAUGCGGCUGCCCAGUACAUGCCACCGGCGGACAACCGGCCACACAACAUCCCGAGCUCGCCUGUUCCGGAGAGAAGAAGCAGCGUUAUAGCUUCCAACUUUCAAAUCCCACGAGCCGUCAAUGACAGCGGAGGCAGCCUGGCUGAACUUGCAGCACAGAUAACAUGUUUGUUCUGGUUUGAAUCAGCAGAUGUGCUCCGCGAAGUUGCCGAAUCGGCCGGUCCUCACGUACACCCACUUCCGCUCUCACCAGAUGUCAAACCAACGACCGGCUUCCGGAAAUGGGUCACGACAAUUCUGUCCACAACAUGUGUAGCACAAAACGUCGUGCUGCUCGCCCUUCUUUUCGUCUACCGGCUGAAGAAGCAGAACCCAACCGUACGAGGGAAGCCGGGGAGCGAAUACAGGCUGCUCACUGUUGCACUCAUGCUGGGAAACAAGUUCCUCGACGAUAACACCUACACUAACAAGACCUGGGCUGAGGUAUCUGGGAUCAAUGUGGGAGAGGUUYACAUUAUGGAGGUUGAGUUCUUGAGUAACAUGAAGUACUGCCUUUCCACAUCUGAGCAGGAUUGGGCAGAAUGGCAGACGCUCCUGGGAAAAUUCGCGGCAUUCUUCGRGACAGCGACCAGGUCAUCCGGCGGGAAUGGUCAUAUGCCAGUACUUCCACAAGCACCUUUGCUCCACGUACCUGCGGCUUUACCAUCUCCUCCUAGCUCGAACCAGGCGUCGCCACCUUUCAAUGGACAAUCUGUACAACCCGGCACCAUUCAUGGUAACUUUGCUCAGCCUGGUCCAACUCCUGUACCUUCACCGCUUACCCGCUACAACGAUGUCAACAAUGGGUCCAUGCAACCAAGGACCAGGAAGCGAAGUCAUGACGAGUUGACGUGUGAGCCGCCAUCGAAGAGGUUCGCAAACGGAAAUCAAAACUCAACUUCACCUCAUCGAUAUUCAACCAUGCCAGCGCAGCCAGUGAUUGGACCGCCGAUCCCACGUCUCACUCUUCCAAACCUUCCAAUGCCGCAUUCCCAGAGUUCCGCGUACUCUCAACCAACGUCCGGUCACCAGCUCCCUCCGCUUCAGGUACCUGCCCGGGCAAUGGCCAUGGCCUAUCCUAAUGGAGGCUCCCAAGGUCUGCCUCAAGUUACUCCAUCAGCAGGCCCGUCCUCGCACGCCCACCAGAACCGAACUUCACCAUCCAGCGGGCUGCCACAGUCUGCUGUUGCACUGCACCCACCAAGUCAAAUUUCACCGUCAUACUUUUUGCAGCAACGGAACUCUCCUUAUCGGCCGGUCCACAACGUGUCCACACUCUUGUAUCCACCACCAUCGGGAGCAAUGCAGAGCCGUGUCCAUGAUGUGGAGCUCAACCAAAUGCAUUAUCAGCCACUUGGGAAGCCAAUUCAACAUGCUGGACGCCUGCCGUACGUAUCGCAGAAUCUCUGGCUUGACGGCAACCAGCCUCAAGAAAUGACACCCAUACAUCGCUGGCCUGGAUUUCCUCGUGGUGCACCGCAAUACCAGGCUUCCGCGCAGCAGUGA